AUGACCGGUACUUCGCCCUUUGCUACGUUUCAGUCCCCCUCGUUCCACUCGUCAUCCUACCUACCGAAACUGGAAGCCAACUUCAUGCGCGAUUUCUCCUGCUGUGGCGUGACCCUCCCGACCCUCCACGACCUGCUGCAACAUUACGAGGAAGCUCACGCCACCAAGUCGUUACAGCCGGGAGGACACCGCCCCAGCCAAGGGGACAACCGCGCGGCCAUCGCGGUGGCCCUCGCACAGCAGCAGAGUCAGCAGAAUGGCAACCAGACCCGUGGAAUGCAACCGGACCGGACGAUCGACAUGCACCGCAAGUUGAACCAGAACCCGCCCUCGCAGCAACACGCGGAUCUCGACACCAUCGACGACAUGGAGCUCGACGAGGCCAUGGGUGACGCCGAUGCCUCGUCGCAGCUGUUUACCCCGCAGGCGCACGACGGGAAUCAGGACGGGUUCGGAAACGGCAACCAGCGGGUUCCGAACUUGAACCUGUCCAUGCUUCCGAGUCAUCAGGGCUUCAAGGGGUCUCAGCCGGGGACGCCGGUGGGCUCGAAUCGCCCUCUGUCGCUGCAGAACAACCCCACCGUCUCGUCGGUCAACACCCCGACUUUAAUGGCGAACCCGUUGCAGAACUCGCAAUUCCGCGCCACACCGGACUCGUCCGCCCCUGGCACGCCGGCCGAGAUCGACGAAAGCGUGGUCGGUGGAUUUGGCGAUCUGUCGAUGCAAAACCCCCUGAUGAUGCAGGGUCAGCCCCAGUUCGCUCGGUUCACCAGCAACAACGAUAUGGUCGACCUGUGCAUCGACGAGCCGGCCAAGCGCCUGUUCAGUCCCACGGGCGGCAUGAAUUCCCCCAACGUCCAUUUCAAGCUCAGCGGUGCCCAGUACGGUGCGAACAGCGAGAUCGCCCGUCGCAUACGCGAACAGCAGUUGCUGGCCGGGGUGCCCGACACCACGGCGUUGCUUCCGAACGAGGAGCCCAAGCCCUUCCGCUGCCCUGUGAUCGGCUGCGAAAAGGCCUACAAGAACCAGAACGGGUUGAAAUACCACAAGGCUCACGGCCACAACAACCAGCAGCUGCACGACAAUGCCGAUGGAACUUUUUCGAUCGUCAACCCCGAGACCUCGGCGCCGUAUCCCGGCACUCUGGGAAUGGAGAAAGAGAAGCCGUAUCGCUGCGAAGUGUGCGGCAAGCGCUACAAGAAUUUGAACGGUCUCAAAUACCACAAAUCGCACUCGCCGCCGUGUAAUCCCGAAUUCCAGCUCGCCGCGGGUCGCCACCUGUUCGCCGGCGGAGUCAUGCAGGGACAGAACAUCAACGUGGCCGGGGCUGGCCUCCCCGGGAUUGGUGAAGAGGGACUGUUAUAG